AGUACCUCCCACCACUGCGUUUAUCGGGCUCAUGCAUAUUUUUUCUUACUAUUCACCACCUUUAAAUUUAUUUUAUGUAUAUAAGCCAGAGUUCCCCAUAAUACUCGGAUUUUUGUUGCAUUUGUUUUCAUUUUAAUGGUCUUCCGGUUUCCGUUUUCUCGCAGACUUUCAAAAUAGAAGCGAAACCGUGCGAGUUUUUAGUAUGCGUUGAAGACGCCGGCGCACCCUCCUAAAACAGGGUUAUUAUAGGAACGAUUUUUUUCACGGAAGGUUGGCAAAGAAAGGCGUAACCGUGGCGAUUCAAAGGCGGAGUUUAUUGUCUGCAAUGUUUUACAGGGCGGUUAAGGAAGUCUCCGCCGCCGUGUGCCACAGAACAGGCUGUUCCGCCAAACAUAAAGGACUCCACACCUUCACCAUGCCGGGAAAGAAAGUCUGCAUCGUUGGAUCUGGAAACUGGGGUUCGGCCAUCGCUAAAAUCAUCGGGCACAAUGUCAAAGCCUCAAACCGCUUCGACCCGAUGGUGAACAUGUGGGUCUUUGAGGAGAUCAUAGACGGGAAGAAACUCACCGAGAUCAUCAACACGGAGCAUGAAAACGUCAAAUAUCUGCCGGGUCACACGCUGCCCAAGAACGUGGUGGCUGUCCCUGACAUCACAGAAGCCGUGAAGGACGCAAAGAUCCUCGUUUUUGUAAUCCCACACCAGUUCAUCAACAAACUCUGCAACCAGAUGAAGCCUCACGUGGCGCCGGGAGCCAUCGGGAUAUCUCUCAUCAAGGGCGUCGAUGAGGGUCCAGAGGGCUUGAAGCUCAUCUCUGAGAUCAUCAGAGAGAAGCUGGAGAUUGAGGUCAGCGUCCUGAUGGGGGCCAACAUUGCCAACGAGGUGGCAGAUGAGAAAUUCUGUGAAACAACCAUCGGAGCGAAAAACCAGGCAAACGGCCUCAUCUUCAAAGAGCUGAUGCAAACCCCCAACUUUCGCAUCACCGUCGUGCCCGAAAGCGACACCGUGGAGCUGUGCGGAGCCUUAAAGAAUAUCGUGGCAGUCGGCGCUGGGUUCUGCGACGGCCUCGGUUUCGGCGACAACACCAAAGCGGCCGUAAUCCGGCUGGGCCUGAUGGAAAUGGUCGCCUUCGCCAAACUCUUCUGCAAAGAACGGGUCAGCUCGGGGACGUUUUUGGAGAGCUGCGGCGUGGCCGACCUCAUCACCACCUGCUACGGAGGACGCAACCGCAAAGUGGCUGAAGCCUUCGUCAAAACGUCCAAAUCGAUUGCAGAGCUGGAGGCUGAGAUGCUUAACGGACAAAAGUUGCAGGGACCACAGACGUCCGCCGAGGUCUACAAGAUUCUAGAGAAACAGGCCAUGGUCAACAAGUUUCCUCUGUUUGCAGCCGUCUACCAGAUCUGCUUCGAGGGCAAAGACGUGAAGGAGUUCGUCACCUGCCUGCAGAACCACCCAGAGCACAUGUGAUCGCACCGUCAGCGAGAAGCCUCUAGAGGGAGACACACCACACCAAAUGCAACCCAAGACACUACAGGACCAGAACGAUGUUACAUUCCAAAAUCAGCUGCAGUGAACUUUUAAAUCUUUAUGUUCAAAUAAUUAUUAAAAAAAAAAAAUGUGGAAUUUAUUAUUGUCUGAGGCAGAUCCUCUUGUACUUUUGCCAAAAGUGUCCUGGUUGUGUUUGAGUUUUAUGUUUUUGAUCUGACCGUAAAAACGAAGCAUAUUAUUUUUUUAUUUUUAUGUGGGGUUUCACAAUAAAAGCAGUUUUACAAAAUUGAAGUCUUUUAUUUUUAUUUUAAUAGUUUUAAGAGAGUCGUUAAAUUUGAAAUGGCUUAAGUCCAUAAUCUGCUAAAAUUAAACAGACCUGUGAUCGUAAAGCAGAGACGGGUUUUCUUUCUCCUGUGUUUGAGCUGACGGUCUGCGAUGGCGGCGGCGGCGGGAACUCCGGGAGGAAGCGGAUUAAAGAACAAACGGUGUCCUUGUGCCGCCGUCUCAGCCAUGCAGUACUGCCAGAACCAGCAAAACCUUUGAUUUUCUUUUUUCCUUCUAUCUUCACUGUAUCUUUAUAGCCCACUUUCUCCAUUACUACUUUCACCAUUUUUGUAUUAAAAUGUAACACAACAUUAUUUAAAAAUAUACAAAAAAUGUGAAGUAAACAAACCAAAAAAUAUGUUUAAA